GGUCGUUCCUUCACUCAUUCCUUCACUUUGCUCCAUGGAUCAGACGCUAACAGAACGGCUGUUUAAACUCUGAGAAACAAUGAAAAUGAACCAGACAAGAUGAAGAUGAUCUCCCUGCUGCUCCUCAUCCUCAGCUCAUGUCUCUGUGCAGCAACAUUUGUAGUGAAUGUGACCCAGAGCAGCUAUGAGGCAGAGGAGAACCACAGCAUCACUCUGGAGUGGACCUUCACCACCAGGACUCAGGGAUCCUACAGGGAACUGUUCAUUGUCUGCAGCUUGUUGGCUCCUCAUAAAGAACUAGAUCUCUAUGAGGUUCAUGAAGGUGUUGAGAUUCCAGAGUCUCAGGAUGAACAUUUUUCAGGACGAGUCCAGAGUGACAAAGACGUCCUCAGAGAAGGACGAAUCAGACUCCAUGUGUCCAGACUGAGGACUGAAGACUCUGGUCUAUUUGUCUGUUAUGUGAAAACUGAAGAUGGAUUCAACUCUGGAAGAUGUCGACUCAACGUUACUGCAGCUGCUGAUCAGAUCCAAACUCAGAGACCGACUUUGACUCCAGAACCAGAUGAGCUAGAAUGGAUCAUCAUCAUCAUCUUUAUGGGUCUGAUAAUAGCAGCAGCUCUGACGCCUCUUCUUCUUUGUUAUUUACUAGUGAAAUAUUGUCUGGCAAGAGAAAAAGACUUUUAUUUGACUCAUGAUGAAAAGACCAAAGAAAGAGAGUGGACGCUUUAUGGGAAGAAACAUUUUGAUCAAAACAUACAGGAUGUAGAAAAAUCUCCAGAACCCUGGAACCAGAACCAGAACCAGAACCAGAACCUGGAACCAGAACCCUGAUCUGAGCUGCUUUCAGCUGCAGCAGCUGAUGAACCAGUGAAGCUCUGGUUCUGCUCCACUGGUUCUGGUUCUGAUGGUUCUGCUGAAAUAAAUCCAGAUUUCUUCCCUCAUGUUGUCAGAACCUGAUUCACUGCAGAACCUUUUAACAUCAACAUGAGCUGCAGCUGUUUGGACUCAGCAGAACCAAUCCAGCUGCUGGAUCUGACCUCAGACCAGUUCUACCAUCAGGGUUAUACUGGAGCGCCACCUGGUGGUGGAGUUAGGAACUGAGAGCUCAUAGAGCUGAAGGUCUGAGUGACGGACUGACUGGAUCAGUUCAGAUUCAUUUGUUCUGGUUUUAUGUUUUUACCACCAGAAUCUCUUCAAUUCUUUGUUAAAGUUUUAUCAUCAAUGUUAGUCUUAGAUAUAAUUAAUCAGUUUGUUUUAUUGACAUGUUGAUCAUGUUACAACAUGAUGGACAAAAACAAAAGUAAACCCCACAUUA